ACUGACUGAAGGAGCACGUAGCUUUGCAUCUACUGCCAUGAGCAGCUCAGGAGGAAAGAGAAGUGUCCACCAGGACCAAAACACCCCAGCUGUCCUCCCUUUCUGAAGCCUUGACCUGGGUGAGCAGCAAAGCAGGGGUGCUGUUUCAGACCCUGGUGUGCCUGCCCCUGUCUCUGUGGCAAAUCAAGAGCCAUCUGGUAGCGCUAAGCUCCCUACUCCUGUGAGGCGGAGUUGGCGUGUAUGUAUAAGGAGCCAUCUGGGAUGGCACGGACCGAGCUGCGGGAUGCCUGGGAGUCCUGGACAAACAGCUCAGCACACGGACAGACUGACUGUACCUCCCUGGACAUUUGGUUUUGGGGUUUUUUUUUUUUUUGCCAUCACUCCCUGACACACCUAGAUAUGUCUUUGCCCAGAAGAGCAGUAUGUGAGAACUACAUCUCCCUAUUGCUUCGAGGUUUCAGCGCCAAGCUCCGUAUCUCCCUACAAAUCCAAGCGCCAAUCUCUGCCCGUCCCUCUGCGUUUUCACUUUCGGGGGCUCGGAGGGUGACGUAUCUCUCCCUCUGACGUUGCACUGAGUUUCUAGUUCAGUUUGUACAGACACAAAAAGGAGGGAAGAGUCCUUAGCAGGGGUCCCCCUUUUCUUGCCUUAGCCACCACGGUGGGGAUUAGGUUUCAACGGGAGGACCGAAUGUGGGGGUCACUUCUAGGGGCUGCCUGCUGCCUCCUCGCAGAUGUUGUGGGAAGGACUGAGAAGUUUCUGGUUGGAGAAACAGUGACCAAAUCAGCCAGCAGAAAGGAAGACCUUCCUAAAAAGCUGAGGGACGGUCCUCCUUUCUCUCUGAGUUUCAGUCUUCUCCUUUCACCCUGUUGCUCUAGAACAGGGGCUGCACUUGGUUGGGUGGUCAAGGCAGAUUCCCCUCCGUGAAAUCGGUGAGCUUAGACCCAGCGAUCCCAGGGGACCCUUGCUGAAGCCCUUCCAGCCCGUUGAGCAAACAUGCCGCACAGCUGGCCAAGGCAGGCAAGAGGGAGGGGGGCGAGUGGGUGGAUGAAGCCUGGAGUUCUGGGCCAUUUGUUUUCAUUCUCAUUUUCAUGGCAAUAACAUCCGGGCUGGGUUUGCUGGGUCAGGGUUGUAGUCCUGCUUUCCAAGCUAGAAGAUAAUCCCUGUUCUUCCUCCUUUCCUUCCCAGCCUGGCUCUGUAUUUUUCUUUUUCUUUUCUUUUUUUUUUUUUUUUUUAAAUUGUAGUAGGAUCUGAAUCCAUAAGCAGACAAAGCAGCCCAGAGGAGGCUUGAGCCCUCUCCCAUGACUGGGAAGCAUCUGUGCCGGGCAGGGUGUCCUAGCUGAGAGCUGCUUUUGCUCUGCAGGUCAGGCUUGCACCUUGUUUGAACCAAACUCAGGAUUUUGAGUCCUGCUUUUCAUUUAUGACCCAUUUAGAGGAAGAUGUGGGCGCUCCGGGAGGAAAUUUGUAGGAUCAGGAUUAUGUGGAGGCAGAGAGCUUGCUGUCUACAGGAGGCAAUUAGGACCACCAGAGACAGGUCCCACCAAAUGGGAGUCUCUGCUUCGCUUUGGUGGUUCCCCAGUUGCUCAGUCCAUGUGCAUUAGUGUCCGCCUCCACGCAGCCUGGGCUGAGGGGAGAUCACCGGGGAACGGUUUGGGGGUGCUCCAGAUGUGACAGGGGUCUGCUCGGGGUGCCGGAGGAGGUGUUCAGGCUGGAGAUGCAGAGCUGGGUCAGAGGAUCCGAUGGGGUACCACAGGUGUAUCCCCGUGUCUGAGAAACCCAGAGGAAGGGUUGGGGGGGGGGGGGGUCGCCUUUCCUUUAUGAAAGAGCUGUGGGGAGCAAGGGACCUGGCUGGACCUGACUCUCAAGAAGACGUAGAAAGCAUUAGCAAGAUGCUUCUUUGCCUGGAGGAGAUGGGAGGAUGAGACACAAAAGGUGAAGAGGCAGGGAGGUCAGUAGCUUGGCAAGGCGGAUCUGCAGAAGGGUUGUGAGAGGAGCGGGGGCGAGUGGGUACAAGUGACGGAGCAAAGGCAGCGGAGGUGGGGAAGAUGUGGAGGGGAAAAAGGGUGACUAAAAAUGCCUGUGGCGGUGGGGAGGUACCGUGUCAGCGCCUGCACAACAGGUAUGUGCCGUGCUGGGAGACUUGCAGGAGGCAAAGUGGUUUUUAUGACACUUCAUUACGCAGAGGUCAGUGAUUUUUUUUUCAGCUUCCAUGAGAUGUAAAUGGGAAAUGAUGUGGGAAAGAGCACGGGACUUCCACGGUGUGAGGUGAGGACGCUGGGUUAGAGCUCCCACCUGCACUGAGACCUCAGGGUUGUCUGGUGGUUUGUUGUCUCUUUAAACCAGCGGCGGGAGACAGGUCUGUGUCUCACCAGCUGCUGGGAUGGACACUUUGGGACACUUCACAAUGGCCUGGGGGACAGCUAGCCUUGUGCAGCGGGCGUGGAGAAGGCAGCAGCUCUUCCUGCCUCAAGGCAUCUUGCGUGAUAACCCUCAGCCUGGGAGUGAUACGGGCCAGCCGCAUCGCCUGGUUAUGGAGAAAUCUCAGGGUCUGUCCCGGCUUCCUCAGCAGCUCUGCCUGUCCUUCGGGGCUGGGAGUGAGGGGAGAACGUGCCACUCUCACCUUGUGACAACUUAUUUUUGCAAGCGGCUGGGAUUCAGCAUCUCCAGCACAUCCCCUCUUAAUGCUUCCUGUCUGCAUUAUCAGUGCUCGUUCUUCCUGCCUUUGUUGGAUCCUGGAAGUUCUACCUUUCUGAUCUGAGGACCCUCCAUCCCUGCCAGCCAGGCCUUGGGAGUUAAUUAUUACAAAGACUAGUUACUCCUGGUGCUGCCUUGCAAAGCUGAAGAUCUUUCCCCUCCUCCCAAAAGUUCCCUGAAGAUAACAAAGGUUACAGCCAUCGACACAAACCUCUCGGACACUUCGCUCCGAGACUUCAGAGCAUGGGGUCUGCCUCUGUGGUCACCAUGGAUCCUGGCCACGAGGCAGGGCAGGGCUGUAGAUGACCAUGGCCACUCAGGAGAAGCCGGGACAGGGAGUUUCUCCCCGUGUAGUAUCUACAAGAGGUACAAGGAUCACCAUGUCUAACUUGCCUGCCUUUGGCGUUGUGUCCGGCAGCGAGGCAGAGGAUGGGGCAGCUGAGACCAGAGGAGGAGCUGCCCCUGUGUGCGAAGGUUCGGAAGGGACACCACUGCCUGGAGGAAAGCCCAGGGCAACGGCAAGCCAGGCCAAUUUUGAGGAAGACAGCCAGAAGCAACCAGCUGUGGGACACUGGAAGCCACUAAUGCCAUCCAAAGGGAGCAAGGAGGAGCCAGAGACUGGAUGCCAGGAUGCUGGAGGUGUGGAUGAGACCCAGUCCACCGAGCAGCUCAAUGUGUCGCGUCUACGCAGCUCUUCAGUGGAGAUCCGUGAAAAGGGGUCUGAAUUCUUGAAGGAAGAGCUGCACAAAGCGCAAAAGGAGCUGAAGCUGAAGGACAAAGAAUGUGAGAGAUUGUCAAAAGUCAGAGAACAACUGGAGCAGGAACUAGAGGAGUUAACAGCUAGCCUAUUUGAGGAAGCGCACAAGAUGGUGAGAGAAGCAAACACUAAACAGGCGGCGUCAGAGAAACAGCUGAGGGAGGCACGGGGGAAGAUCGACAUGCUGCAGGCAGAGGUAACGGCUCUGAAGACACUGGUGAUCACAUCCACGCCUUCCUCUCCGAACCGGGAGCUGCACCCUCAGCUCCAGAGCCCUUCUAAAGCUGUCUUCAGGAAGGGCCACGGGCGAAACAAGAGCACCAGCAGCGCAAUGGUCUCAGCUGCCAGCCAGAACGUGACUCCAGAGCCAGUCAGUCAUGAGUGCAAAGAGGUCGAUUCCAUUUUAUUUGCUGAGUUCCAGGCCUGGAAGGAAUCUCCAACUUUGGAUAAAUCCUGCUCCUUCCUGGACAGAAUUUAUCGAGAAGAUGUAGGACCUUGUCUGGACUUCACUAAGCAGGAGCUGUCGGAGCUGGUGCGAGCGUCUGUGGAGCAGAAUACACUCACCAUUGAGCCAAUUGCUUCCCAGACACUGCCUGUGGUGAAGGUGUCAGCAGAAGAGUGUGGUGGGCCAAAUGGGUUCCGGUCACAAAUUGUAACGAAAUGUGCUCUGAGUGGCCUCCCCAGGACUUGCAAGCACCGCAUCAUGCUGGGGGAUUCUGGGAAUUACUACUACAUUUCACCAUCCUGCAGGGCCAGGAUCACAGCGGUGUGCAACUUUUUCACAUACAUUCGCUAUAUCCAGCAGGGCUUGGUGAGGCAGGAUGUGGAGCUGAUGUACUGGGAGGUCAUGCGGCUGCGGAGAGAGAUGUCUCUGGCCAAACUUGGGUUUUAUCCCAGUGACAUGUAAGCAGCGGCCUGAGCAUGGAAGGAAACUGCUCCUGUAUGAAUGGCUUGUCAGACGUAGUCUGCCAAACAGACGAAUGCAGUGCCUCUUCUGCAGUGGGCCUUGCUCCCUCCCCGCCCUCCCUCCGCCUGAAGCUGAUCAAGGAGCAAGAAGCACAAAUUCUACCUUCAGCUGUCUCACUUCUCCAACUGUGACUGGAACACAGCUGCCAAGCUACCCCCUCAGAGCUGGGCUGGCCCUGGCUGCUCUGGGGUGGCCAUCUAUAGACUGUCCUCUGUGGAGUCUCCUGUAUGCAGUAUAUAUCCAUUUUUUUUUUUUAACUUUUGUUUUUAUAUGCAGUCUGCUUUGGCAUAGUCUGAGGCCAGCUCUGUGCAAGGCAGGAGUCCUGGACCUUCUUUGUAAGCAAGUCUUUCAGGACAGAUGCUGGCUGUCUGUCCAUCUGUUCCACUCAUUGUCUGGGGUGGAGGGUGCUGUGCCCAGCCGUACACCUAGGUCCUGCUGAGCACUUCCCUGAUGGCCCUGUAAAUGCCAGCAGCACACAAUAAUCUUAUGGAGAGCCAUGAACAGCCUGUUUCCAAGUACUUCCUCACUCCUUUUAAAGGAGCCUGCAAGAGAAGCUUUCUGCCAGCUGAGUCACAAAGAGGGAUUUGUGUUUGUGCUUUUGAUUUGGCACUGGGUAAUCCAGGCUGGGGGAACAGCCGGAGCAGAGGCCAGAGCUGUGCACCUGGGGCCUUGGGCAGAAGAAAGCGAGCAGGGAAAUUGCAUAACUCACAGCUGCAGGAUGUUUUCUCCUGAUCCAGAGAAUCUGCUCCAGUUGUCACAGGCAGAUGUGGACCUUGAUGGGUGCCCUGUGACAAUCCUUGGUGCAGAAGUCCCCCAUGGUGCUCUUGGAUACAAACCUUACCCCCAGACAGAUGCCUUUGAGCUGUUCCUGCUCUCAGAGUAGCUUUAAGCAGUACUGGCCCCGCUGUUAAGAUAGAAACCAUGGUCCCAGGCUAGGUUCUUUGUCUCUAGAAGGAGUACGCCCAGGCUGGGUACAGUCUGGAGGCCCCAAAAUUUUCUCCCCAGUAUUGCAUCAGACCUAGAGAUGAGUGGCCACUGGGAAACCCUGCUGCUUCUGGGCUGCCAUCCCCAGUGAGGAGAUUUGAGACAUCUUUGUGUGCAUGUGAGGGAUGUGACUGCUGUUCCUGUAUGCCUCAAAUGUGCUGGGAAGGAUGUCACUAAAGCUGUAGUAAAGUGGAGGUGCUCUGUAGCCCGAGCUCAGGCCCAGGUUUGUCUGUACAGAACUGUGUUAAAGCCACGGCAGUGUUUUGUAGCCAAUUUAGCCUUUUUUUUCAGCGAUUGUGGAAUCAGCUCAGCCACUACCCACCCUGGGGGUUUCAUCUCGCAUGGCAUUUCUGCACUCUCGACUGGCAUGUCACUCUGUCCCUCUGCUGUCAUCGCAACUCUCAUCUUAGUGAGUUGAUAUCCAGAACUGGAUCACCAUCCUCAGCUCCAUCGAGCUUCAUCCUCUCCUGGGAGAUGCUACAGUAGGAACUCUGUAUCUUCAGUGGAAGAAAAUUAACUGAGCUGCUGUAGUUUCGUCCAGGGGAGGGAGGAAUAGAUGGGGAAGACAAAAGUUUUGGUUUGGAAUCAAGGACAGCCUCAUGGCAGAUCUGAGAACCUUCUGUGGAAGACCCCCACGAGCACAAGCUUUCCUGUCACUGAGCACACUCGCAGUAUGCUGCCGAGUUGCUCCUCAGGGGACUCCUUUCCUUAUAGCUAUACCGGCGUGUGGUAUUGUUUGCCAAGGGUUAGUAGCUACGUGAAACUUGAGUCGUCAUCUCCAGAGCUGGGAGAACAUGUUCCUGACAAUACGUACUAGCUUUGAAUCCACCUCCUUCAGCUCAGGAAGGGCUGACCUGUAAGUCCAAGUUGUUAACCCCCCAGCUCUGCUUUUGCUUCCCACAGCCGAGUGCCCAAACUCAUGCUGCUCACCCUAGCUACAUGAGUGUGUACAUCCGUUACUCUUCACCAAAGGAAUAUGUUUCAAAUGUGGAGUAAAAGCCUGGAAAAUACAUCUUUGGGCAAGAGUCUGGCUGGGUCUUGAGCUAGUGAUAAACCUGCGUCUCUUUCGGUGGUGUCUGCAGACUUGUGGCAAUUUGACAUCAGCUUUUCUAGAGGCGAAAUGUCUUUUCCCAGCUGCAGAUUUCAGCUCAGGUAAAUUCUGUCCCUAGCAGUUUCUCCUUGUACCUGUUCCCCCUGACCUUUUGAUCUCUACGUGUCAUCCUGUGCCAUUAGCUGCUACAUUGCGCAACAGACGUGGCUGCAUUGCAGCACUGGGAAGGAGAUGAUCUCUGUACGUAGGAGAUGUUUUGAUUUGUGGGAUUUCUUCCCUCUCCCCCCAGUGUCACUUUGUAAAGCACUUUGAGAUGAAAGGAAUUAGAGAAAUGCAUUGUAUAAGGUUGUCUUACAUUUAAAACAAAGCAGAGAGAACAAUUUGUAAAUUAAUAUCAAGUCACUCCGUUAACAGCGGGAUGGUUGCACCCUGCUCUUUAAUAAAGGAAAAUAAACAUUUGUUAUUAACCUC